GCAGAGGAUGUUAAUGUCGUAGUCUGCUUGUCAAAACCAGUUGUUUUUCACGUCAUGUGCGUUUUUGCAUUCGGGAGUAGUGGAUCUCUCCCGGAUGUCUUUAGACUGCGGUUUCAAAAGCCUGACUUCUUUUAACGAAGGCAGCGAGUCGGAAUUGAUAAGAUAUGGCCAAGGAGGAAGUGGUUUCGUAUCACUCGGCAGUAUUGAAGCUCCCGUAAACUGCAAUUCAAGAGCAGUCCGUUCCGAUUUUGUCUGCACUCUCUGAUUUGAGUGAAACGUGGCCACUGUUGAUUCUUGGACAUGACAGUUGACAGAUCAGUUGCUCUUACUGGGACAGCCAUCUUCAAGAACGGAACUGCAUGUGCUUAUAUUUUCCGGCAUUUGUGAUGUCAUCACGCUUGAGAUAUGAAGGGCGAUAGGUACGACUCUGUUUGAACGAUGGACUGUGCAGGAAGGGCCCCUUGUGCAAGUAGAGUGCUCGCUCCAUAAUUUUCGGAAAUGUGCAUGAGGAUAGUAUACCGACGAAGACGCUCUGAGCGUUUCAGCUUGCGGCUCUAUGGAGAUAUUGUCAACUCUGGUUCAUGCAAAAUUACCUCUGCAGCAAUCGGUUUGCAUUCGAAGUAUUUUCCACCAUUCUGCCGCUGUUCCUCUUUCCCACCUUUAGGCCUUACUGUGACAGCCAAGUUAGUAUAUUUGCUAAGGGCGCCCAAGAAGCCCUGGGAAGUACUUAUCUCACGAAUCGCGACCGAUGUGGGCAGGGGUCAACAUCGUGGAUGUUGAUUGGUUGCAGUUCUCAUCUGAAAGUUCCAAUGCUUUUCCCAGGACUUUUCGUCAGGUUCGUCGCCGAAUCGAUGCCCAGGGUCUUCUUUACACUUUGUAUGGAAUGUUUGGACAAUCACACCCGUGGCUCACUGUUGGGCUUCGCCUGGCCUUAGAGCCCGGUGGAUCGUACCAGCUGAUCAUCAGCAGUUGAAUAGGGCAGCCACACUAGGAAGAUCCUCUUCUUCGGGGCUGGCACGUGAAUAUACUCAACACUUGGUCUUCUACUGUCUAACAUGGUGGAGGUUCUCCAUCCAGUUGAAGAUUCCGCAAUCCCACGAACAAUUUCACGUACCUCGCUUUUGAAGCCACUUCCAGAGGUCCUCUAUCUCGUUAAUUGCCCUUGAGGGAGAAAUACCUUGAGUAUUACGAGAUUCGCUCGUACAAGCCCUUGCUUGACCCAGACCUUUUCACAAGUAUGACCCACUUGUCAGCACAGAAUAGAUUUCUGAAUUGAGUGCAACAAACUGUAUAAAAAAGUUAACUUCCCGUGAAUUACUGGCGAUCUAGCAUUAUCUGAGGUUCACGACAGAGGAAUGAUUAUUAGAAAUCUAUUCAAAGAGGAUACUAAGCCUGGGAAAAUCAAUGUUAGUAAUCACAACGAAUGGAUUGAUAAAUUUAUGGACAGGAUGAAGAGGGCUUAGUAAGCCAGAUCUUCUCAAGACAAGCGAACUGUACGUACUUGUCGUAAACCCGUCCUGAAGUUCAAGUGGGGGUCAUGAGGACCCCCAGUCUUCUGCCACAAAAGUCUGAGAUUCGCAUCUGGCAACCAAGACAGUGACAGCACAAAUAACUGUGCGAGCGAAUGGAAGGUCAAAGACAAAGCCGUGUCAUGGAGUUGUGCGAGUAUGUUCAAGCUCCUCCUCACUCAGAAGGAUAUAAAUAUUCGUGAGAAUGUUGUGGGUAAGUGACGAAGAAGAGUUGUGGCACUUAGUUCAAAAGCGGAUCCACAGACGUUUACUGGCCCAGAAAAGGAAAAUCAAGACUUCAGGGUCUGGAGCCUCGAAGACGCCGUCCGACAUGCAGGACAUCGAGGACAAUUGUAGAUAAUGUUUUGAAAGUCGAGCAUUCGAGACCCUGAACCCGUCAAGUUAAGUAGAUUCACUCAAAACCAAGGGCUGGCUCCAUUAUUACAUCCAAAUAAGCUUCUCGCUUCUCCAACUUUGCAGGAAAAAGUUAGAUCAUUCUUAGAUCCUCAUCGUAGUCUGAUCUCACUUGCCUCGGUCUAAGUCUUAGCAUUCUGCUAGUGAUCACUUUGAUAACCUCAAAUUACGAGAAGCCGAGAAGCCGAAAUCCAAUCUCCGAUUGUACACGCUUUGCAAGAGACAGAAGUGACAACGGACUGGACAAAAGAAGAUACACAAUUGUACAGCUUGAAAAGUGAUACGAAUUUCGACCAAAGAAUCGAGUUCGACAGUCCUCCGAGAUCGAACAAAUUAAUGAUACAUCCACAUGACAUGGAAGAGAUGAGCCUAUUUUAUGAAGGGCCCUCGGAGUCAAGAGUUGGGCAUGCGAUCUCAACCGGCGAACGGAGUUUGAGACGAAAAGCAAUGAACAGGGCAUGCAAGCUAGGGCAGUUGUAUUCAGGUGUAAAAGACGAGAUCAUGCCCGAGUUCAUGCUGACUGGGGAGGUUCCAGAGGACGCAGUGCUCUCAGUGGACAUGAAGGGUACUUAUCUUUCAUGGGAAGAGGAAUUCUCAACGAAAGACAGGUUCAAAUCACUGGAAGUAGAAGGAGAAUUGAAGUUGAGCAUCAUGCUCGGCUUGGCCGAUGUCAAGGCUGCCAGUAAGUAUCUUACGAGCGUGACCAAGAGUUCGACUUGUGUGAGGAUCUGCAUGGUUUACAGAAUUGUGACGAAAGAAGAAACUCUAGAUCUCCAACACGACGACGUAGCGAGGAUGUUCAGGUUGGAAGCGUUGCAGGACUCGCCUGCUACCCACGUCGUAGUAGGAAUUCAGUGGGGCUACAGCGGGGUGAUCGUCUUUGAACAAGGCGUGACCCAGGAUGAAACCCGACAUAACGCUGAGCUGAGCUUGAAGGCUUCUUUGAAUACAGGUUUGGCUAGCUCAAUUCUGCCCGGUUUUUUGAGUGACUUACUCCCGGAUCCUGGCGAAGGAGGUGUAACACUCACACCAAGAGAACUUCAGAACGGCGGUGACAAUCUGAAGAGGAGAUCUGUGAAAAUAAUAGCCGACAUCAUGCCACAAAACGUCAUAGAACCGACUGACUUCCAGUCUGCACUAGAGUUUGCUCGAUCUGUUACAGACGAACAACACAUCAAGAUCAAUGGUGGUAGGGGUAAGCCUCAGGAAAUCCAUCUUCUCAGCGUAGAGGCGGUAUGUCAGAAACUGAGGACCACAUUCGUGGUGCAAGGAACCAUCUUGAAAACUCUGAGUAGCGAUGUAAUUGCUGCAGUAGAGAAGGAGCUGGAAAGGUUGGCGGAUAUGACGCAACUCCUCAACUUGACUUAUGAGGAGGUAGAGGAAAAGGCCAGAAAGGUAGGGAUUGCAGAGGACGAGCUCACAGGCAUAGACAGAGUGCAGACUGAGAUUGCGAUAGAAACAAUGAGGUUCCGUGCUGUUUUGCGGGACCUUUUGGUCGAUGUUCGGUCUGGAAUCAAAGAAGAGGGCGAGAUUGGCUGUUCUCUGCGUGAAUUUGAGCAAGCGAAGUGUUCCGCAGCGGGGCUGAAUGAGCAUUUGAAGACCUUGAAAGUUCUCGAAGAGAAAGUAAACUUUCUGGAGUACAUGCAAGGGAAGGGUAUGGAAAUUUUAAGGGAGGGCACGGAUCGUGAUUCGUUGGUUGCAGCCAAUAUCACCGUAUCUAGCCUGUACAUCUUGUGCUACGAUAACAAAGAGAGAGUGCAGCGAAGGUCAAGCUGGAUCUGUAACUACGAGCUAUUUGAAAAUUUGAUUGAGAAAAGCGAAGCGGGCGGUAAGUCCAAACUGUUCUUGCUAGACUACGCAAGCUGUCAAUCUUGGGAUCGAGAUCAGGACGUUUGCAUCCAGCUCUAUAGAGGAGGGCUUUGGAAUUCUGACUACCUCAAGACUGUCCAGUCUACGAGACUGUCAAGUGACGAGAUGAAUCUACUUCUCCUGGGUCAGACAGGAGUUGGGAAGUCAACUUUCAUCAAUGCUUUCUACAAUUAUUUGUCGUACGAUUCCUUAGAAGAAGCUGAGCAAGGUGGGGUGAAAGUUGCUAUACCCAGCAUGUUCACCGAAGUCGACCGGUCUGUGAAUGAAAAUACCGUAACUGUGGGUGACAAUAGUCUGGAGGAUGAGAAUUUCGAAGAUCCCAGUCAGUCCUCCACGCAGAGAUGCAAGUCAUACGUCUUCAGAAUAGAGGCCGACUCCGGCAGGCACGGGUCAUCCGUCCGUCUCAUAGACACACCGGGUAUAGGAGAUACGAGGGGAGUGGCUUGGGAUAAGCAGAAUAUCAAGAACAUCUUGAUCCAACUGAAGAAGUUCAAGCACAUCCAUGGGAUCUGCAUUUUCCUAAAGCCCAACGAGUCGCGGCUGAAUAUAUUUCUGGAGUAUUGUAUCACGGAGCUGCUGGUGCAUCUUCACAAGAAUGCCAGCCGCAACGUGGCAUUCUGUUUUACUAGCGCGAAGUCCACCAACUUCCACGUCUGUGGCACUCUAAAGCCACUCCGAACUCUACUGGAUAACAUUCAACGGAAGAAGCAAGUAAGUAUACAGAUUACGGAGAGCACCAUGUACUGCUUCGACAAUGAAGCGUUUCGGUACUUGGCAGCAUGCCAGAAGCCGCAAGGACCAAGUUUCCAAACCGAACGACCAGGCAGAAGCUGGGAUCAAUCGGUGAAAGAAUGUAAAAGACUCUUGUCCAAGUUCAACUCCGUUGGAGCUCAUCUGAGCGAGGAAACGGUGGACAUCAUCAAAGUCAAGAGUAUCAUUGAGAGCCUGGAGGAGCCCAUGAUGACGCUAUCAGAAGAUAUAAUCGAGCAGUCGAAUGCCGUAGAGCGGACGCGUAAGGAGAUCGAGGACACAAAAGAGGAUCCGGAGGCGUUGAAAAUGGUGCUAAUGAAGCCCACCAAGGUGGUAGAAUCAAUCAUUUACAAGCUAGCUUACCCAAGAACCGUUUGCAGGAGCCCUGCCUGCACGACCCACGUCGACCUGAAAGACGGCCGGACGCAGAGCAUCUAUAGAGUAUGCCACGAUCGGUGCACGGGCUACGAAUCGUCCUUUAAAAUAUUCCAAGCAAUAGGCAUUCGUCUAUGUUCGUCGAUGCUCGCGGGCAAGUGCAUUAAGUGCAAGUGUCGUGCCAGGGAUCACAAAUUCGUAACCUCCGAAUUGAAGCAGGGACUGAGAGACAUGCCAGAAAAUCCGAUAGAUGGCGACGACCUCAGGCCGCAUGAAGAGACCAGCGCAGCAGCAAUCAAGAGGUCGGCCCUCAAACGGUACGAGACGAGGUUGAUGGAGCUCGAGGAGGAGAAGAAGUACAUUAACGACGCGCAGAUCAAGUUCGCUUUCUUUCUGCAGGAACACAGCUUCACCUCCACAAACGACUACAAGUCGAGGUACCUCGACCGCCAGGUCUUUCAACUAGAGAGCAAGCUAGCCAGCGCGAAGAACAUGGAUCAGGACAGGAGGAAGAUGAUCGUCGACAGGAUCGAGGAUCUGAAAUCCAGAUCUGACAAAUACAAGAAGGAGUUCCGAGAAUUCGCCGCGUUGCUCAAGGGACAACCCCAAGCCGACGACAUCAGCGUGGGCAACAUCAAGGCCAUUCUCAAUGGCCUCAGAAAUCUUCCCACCUGCGGUUCCGCGUUCGAAACGCACCUGGACUUGGACGCGCAUGAGCAGCAGCUCGACGACUCCUGCUUGGAAUUUCUGAUCGAAUUCACGGCCGAGAGAGAGGCUCACUCCGACACUUCUCUCCCGGCCAACCUCUUGCUGAUGGAGGUACAUCGACAACGUAGUAGAAUUCACAGGGAUUGACCAGGUUGGCCUGUCUAUGACAUGCUUCUUGUAUACAGGAGUCUCCCGCCUAACUACGCACUUUGAACCUGGGAGGAUUUUGGCGAAUCACUUCCUACUCUUUUGAUUAGAUUGCAAUGUAAAAAUACCAAACGGGGAGAUGUAAAUGAGGAUCAGCGAUGUGAUAUAAUAGAGAAUUUGAGCAACAAUGAUGUGAUAUAAUAGAGAUGUUGAGCAACAUCGAUACUUCCCAUAAAAAGGCCUGUAGUUCGAUCAUCAAAAAUGUGUGAGACAAGCGGGAGCAAAUCCUAAAGAGAUAUUUGUUAAUAUGUACUGGACCU